AUGAGCCUCCUUCGCCAUUCCCUGCGUGCCUUAAAAGCUGUCAACACUACAGCUCCUCUUGGCCCCCUUGUUGCUCGAUUCUCUACUGAUGGUACAGUGUACGGUGUUCCAGAGCAGAAUACACCUACGGAGGACCCUCAAGUUGUAAUUCCAGAGGUACACCAAACACUCGAGUGGUGCCUCUCGUCACCUCCUCCUCUUCAUCAAUUUGAUGAAGCUCCAUUGGUUAUUGAAACACCUCAAGUGACAAAUACAGAGAAAAACAAACAGUUACAACAACCACAAAAACCACAAGAGCAUGACACAAUCUGUAGUCUCUAG